ACUGAAAAACAUUUCACAAAAACAAACAGCCCCCUCUAUAAAUGUCUGUUUAAGAACUCCUUUUUGUUUAAAUUUUGUUUUCACAUAAAAAGGAAAAAAUAAAACAAUUGGAAUCGUGCUCUGUUUUAAUUUGAGAAAAAAGCGUCGGUGGAAACUAAAGAAUGUCACAUAAACCGCUGAAAUUCAUUUAAAAUAACAAAUCGCAAGCAGCAACAUUCACACUCGUCUCAUCCAGCCAAAGAUGUCGUUCUUUGGCGUCUACAUUCCGCCAUCGAAGGAUGGCUUUGAGGGCACAGCAGCCAAGUGUGCAGGAUCUAUAGCGGCUAUCAAUAUACGAACAUCUCCAGAGAUGAUGGCAGGGGCAGCAACAUCGGCAACCGCUCCGACGGCUACUGGGACAAAUGACAUUGCCAACGACUACAAAUACGAGGAUCCGGAAUAUCCACCGGACUCGCCGCUUUGGCUCAUCUUCAUGGAAAAAUCCAAGGCACUGGAUGUGCUGCGUAUCUAUAAAGAGGGAAGAUUGCGAGAAUUUCCAAAUCGUGAGCAGGCGGAAAGCUAUGUACAAUUCGGUUUCGAGAGCAUCGAAUCAUUGAAGCGUUUCGGAAAAUCGUCGUCAUCCAACAGCAAGUCGGCCAGCAAGACCAACCCACAUUCGCCGAGUAAUAACCACAUCAGGGGAACCGCCGGAGGCAGCAACUCUACAGAUGGCGGCAAUGGUGGCGCUACCGCCAAUUGGUCGCCGUAUAGCUCAUCACCAACUAGUGGUAGUGGCAAUUCUGGGAACGCCGGUUCGCCUCUCUCCUCCAUUUGCUCUUUGCUAGCUAAUUUUUCAAAUCAAUCGUCCACUGCCAAUCAUCAUAAUAAUAUUAAUAACAAUAAUAAUAAUAGCAUUACCAUGAGCAGACCGGAGUCAUCAGGAUCUCUAUCCACGUCUUCAGCAGCAUCAGCCACAACAACAACAUCGUCAUCGUCAUCGUCAUCAUCAAUUGUCUCCUCUGCCUCCUCCUCCUCCUCGUCGGCGUUGUCGUCUAUUAACGCUGAGCGUCAAGCAUUCCGUGCACCCACCAAGCAGGAGCUAGUCGAAUUCCGAAAACUAAUCGAGGUUGGCAAUGUCUCUCGGGUGAAACGCAUUGUCUGGGAGAAUCCACGCUAUAUCAUUAGCAAUGGCGAUACACCGACAAGCCUUAAGGAGGGAUAUCGCUAUAACGCCAUGCACAUUUGUGCACAAACCAAUCAGGCUCGUGUUGCGGAGCUGUUACUUAAAAUUCUCGCCGAUCGGGAGUUUACCCAACUGUUUGUCGGCAAAAAGGGCAGCGGCGAAAUGUGUGCGGCUCUAAAUGAUAAUAUAUUGGAUUACUAUUUGAACAUGCCCGACAAGGGACGGGGCGAGACACCUUUGCAUUUUGCUGUCAAAAAUGGUCAUGUGGCCAUGGUUGAAGUCCUUAUAUCGUAUCCCCAAUGUAAAUCCUUGGCCAAUAUUGAGGGGAAAUAUCCAAAAGAUAUAAUUUGUUAUCGUGCACCAAAUGCUGGACCAGAGAUAGUUAAGAAACUACAAGUUUUGCUUUCUGAUCCCUAUUAUGUGCCUGUAUUACGGGCCGCGGGCAAUGAGCUUCCGCCCCAAGUUGGUCAACCCUAUACGCCCCACGAACAACCCGUAUUACAGUCGAUAUGUGAGGAGAACGAACGACUUAGUGUGGAUCUGGCCAUAAGCGCUGUGGCUGGUCCAAUGCCACGAGACACGGCAUUCAAUUUCUAUCGCCGUUGGAAGACACCACCGCGGAUUAGCAAUAAUACAUUAUCACCGUUGACUGCUACGCCUCAUUCGCCCUACGAUUCACCGGUGAAGACAACGCCAAAUAAAUCGAUUUUCAACAGGAGUUCACACUAUGGCAAUGGCAAUGGUAGUCCCAACCUUCCUAGCCGGCGUGUGCUCUUCAGUCCCAAGUUGCUCGUCGAGUCGAAUUCGAUGGGUGCACAGGAAUCCUCGCCAUCAUCGCCAUCGCUCUGCAUUGAGAAUAAUAAUAACAAUAAUUGCCUAAAGAUGUUGGCUGGAAAACGUCGUUUAUUAGAUUUACCAGCCACACCGAUAAGACAGAUGAGACGAGAUGUGUUUGAGGUGUAUCGCAAUAAUCAGGAUUGCGAGCAAUCACCAAUUGCAGGCGAUUUACACAGCUAUUCGAUGAUGGACAUUUCAUCGCCAAGAAUUGGUAUGGAUGACACUUGGAAUGAUAGCUUUCGCGAGCGUCAUAUUAAGAAUUCCGAUAUUGAAAAGGGACUGGAAGUGGUGGGGCGACAUUUGGCACAUCAGGAGCAAUUAGAAUGGCGGGAAUAUUGGGAUUUUUUGGAUGCAUUUGUUGAUAUUACCAUGCCGGAUGGUCUAAAUUGUUUUGAGAGCUAUUUACUUGAGAAAUCCGAACAGGAGCAACAGGCGCUGCUAUUGCAGCAGCAGCAAGCACAAUCUGAGAGAAUCACUGAUCAGAAUUUAUGGAAUUUCGCCCAAUUGGAUCAAUAUUUAGAUUUAGUGGCGGAGGGUCUGGACAAGGAAUUGGAGUCGUCUUCGUCUACAGCAGCAGCCGCAGCCAGUGGCGCACUGACCAAUAUUACCAACAACCACAAAACCACCACCACGACAACGAUAACGACUCAGGUGAUGACUCCGUACACCUGUGUAGAGAAAUCAUUGCAAGUGUUCGCCAAGCGUAUUACCAAGACCAUCAUCAAUAAUAUAGGCAACAUGGUGUCCAUUAAUGACACACUCUUAUCGGAACUUAAAAGACUGAAAUCACUUAUAGUGAGCUUCAAGGACGAUAGCCGUUUCCUUACUGUCGACUUUAGCAAAGUGCAUUCACGCAUUGCCCAUCUGGUGGCAAGCUAUAUAGCCCACUCACAGGAGGUUAGUGUUGCAAUGUGCCUGCAAUUGCUCCAAAUGCUGCGUAAAUUACUUCAACUGGCCGGUGAACGACGUGAACAUUUAGAGUGUGUGUGCGCUGGAUUGCGGUCAAUGCUUGAAACAACUGUAUCGACUGCUGAAGCCGUUUCACCCGAUGCACUAAAGACAGAGGAUCUGUGUUCGGCAGCCUGGGAGGCGGAGAAGUCCUGUGCCUGCAUUUGGGACGCGAAUCUCAGUCGCAAGACAAGCCGACGAAAACGUACAGAAUCGUAUCGUGCUGCUCAAGCACAGGCCAAAAGCCAGGCGCACAAUCAGGCCCAAGUCAACAUGCAGACGCAGCCAAUGACGAGCCAAACUGCCGCCAGUUUACGUGUUGGCUCAAUGACUAACGUGGCUGCUGUGACGUCCGGUAAGAAGUCCACGUUCACCGAUUGGCGUUGCACCAACAACAACAGCGAUGAUGAUGACGACGAUGAUAAUGGUGUGGCUGGUGAAGACAGCGAGGAUGAUGAUGAUGAACGAACGCUCUAUUACGAUUGCCAGUACUUUGAUUCGAACAGCAUCAAUAGCAGUGAUGAUGAACAAGAGGAUCUCUAUUUAACGCCACCCGACAAUCUCUCUCCACGCCAUUCGAUCCAAUUGGAUGAGUUCGCAACACCACGCUAUGAGCUGUUUAUCUUUGGAAAAGAGCCAACCAAGCGGGAUUUGGAUGUCUUGAAUGCCAUAUUCAAUGUCGAUAUUAAGAAGGAAACUUUGCCGCAUGUCCAUGCCUGGAAAUCAGCCAUGGAAAGUUUCUCAGCGGCUGAAAUGGAACUCUUCCCCUCGCCGAGGAAUAUAAAAAAGACCCAUAAACCCAUUUAUGCAUCAAAUGGUAAUGGUGGAGGUCGACCUCUCAAAGCUGGCCAAAACGGCGGCAGCACUAGCGAGGCAGUGCCGCUAUUUUAAGCAUUUUAAAUAAAAAGCCCAUUGAAAACAUUGUAUUA